GAAGAGCGCUCGCGAUCCGAAAGCGCAUGUCCCUCGCCGCACGCCGUCGCCCGCGCCGCCGCCCGCGGAGCCGAGAGGAGGUGGAGCUGGUGCUGUCCCGGCUCCCUAGCGAGGAGGUAGCGGAGCGGGCGGCGCGGCUGGCCCGGGCGGCCGAGGCUCGGGCAGAGCGGCCUGAGAGGCUGGCAGGUGGCGGCGGCAGCGCGUGCAGAGCGGCGCCUUGGGGUCGGCGCUCCCGUCGAGAGGAGGUCACUCCAUGCGUGCGGGCCGAGCCCGGCCCCAGAGAGCCGCCGACAUGAAGAAAGACGUGAGGAUCCUGCUGGUGGGAGAACCUAGAGUUGGGAAGACAUCACUGAUUAUGUCUCUGGUCAGUGAAGAAUUUCCAGAAGAGGUUCCCCCUCGGGCAGAAGAAAUCACCAUUCCAGCUGAUGUCACCCCAGAGAGAGUUCCAACGCACAUUGUGGAUUACUCAGAAGCAGAACAGAGUGAUGAACAGCUUCAUCAAGAAAUAUCACAGGUGUUCAAUAAAUAUGUGCCAAACGAGCUGCCUUUGAUAUUGGUUGGGAACAAAUCUGAUCUGGUGGAAUAUAGUAGUAUGGAGACCAUCCUUCCUAUUAUGAAUCAGUAUACAGAAAUAGAAACUUGUGUGGAGUGUUCUAUGAAGCCAGCCUGUAUAAAAGCCCUUACUCGUAUAUUUAAAAUAUCUGAUCAAGAUAACGAUGGUACACUCAAUGAUGCCGAGCUCAACUUCUUUCAGAGGAUCUGUUUCAACACUCCCUUAGCUCCUCAAGCUCUGGAAGACGUCAAGAAUGUAGUCAGAAAGCACAUCAGCGACGGUGUGGCUGACAGUGGGUUGACGUUGAAAGGUUUUCUCUUUUUACACACACUUUUCAUUCAGAGAGGGAGACAUGAAACUACUUGGACUGUACUUCGGCGGUUUGGUUAUGAUGAUGAUCUGGAUUUGACACCUGAAUAUUUAUUCCCCAUAGACUGUGCUUUGUCACCUGAUGAACUUAAAGAUUUAUUUAAAGUUUUCCCUUACAUACCUUGGGGACCAGAUGUGAAUAACACAGUCUGUACAAAUGAAAGAGGUUGGAUAACCUACCAGGGAUUCCUUUCUCAGUGGACGUUCACAACAUACUUAGAUGUUCAGAGAUGUCUGGAGUAUUUGGGCUAUCUAGGUUAUUCCAUAUUGACUGAACAAGAGUCUCAAGCUUCCGCCAUUACAGCUUGGCUGUUAUGUAGCAUUUUUACUGAUGUAACACUUCAUAAAAGUGGUAAGAGACAGAAGAAAAUUCAUGAUGACCAUAAAUCUUACUAUGCGAUCAACACUGUUUAUGUGUAUGGGCAGGAGAAAUACUUACUGUUGCAUGACAUCUCAGAAUCGGAAUUUCUUACUGAGGCUGAGAUCAUUUGUGACGUUGUGUGCCUGGUGUAUGAUGUCACAAACCCCAAAUCCUUUGAAUACUGUGCCAGGAUUUUUAAGCAACACUUUAUGGAUAGCAGAAUACCCUGCUUAAUUAUUGCUGCAAAAUCAGACCUGCAUGAAGUAAAACAAGAAUAUAGUAUCUCACCUGCUGAUUUCUGCAGGAAACACAAAAUGCCUCCACCUCAAGCCUUCACUUGCAAUACUGCUGACGCACCCAGUAAGGAUAUCUUUGUUAAACUGACAACAAUGGCCAUGUACCCAGAGGAUCAUUACAGAGACAGACUCUCCCGAGACAUGGGCAGCACUGAUAGAAUAGAGAAUUUGAGAAAAAUCUGGGUCUUUCUAAAAACUGCUUUCCAUGCCCGGUUACGCUGUAUGUGCACCUGCAACAGGUGUACAUUUUGCAUCUGUCAGAACUUCCUCAACUCAGACUUGCUGCAAUCUGUAAAGAACAAAAUCUUCACUGCAGUUCUUAACAGGCAUGUGACACAAGCUGACCUCAAGAGUUCCACGUUUUGGCUUCGAGCAAGUUUUGGUGCUACUGUUUUUGCAGUUUUGGGCUUUGCCAUGUAUAAAGCAUUAUUGAAACAGCGAUGAUUAAAAAAAAAAACAAAACUACUGGCCCUACCAAAAACAAAUACUUUUAUGUACAUUCUGAAUGCUUUAAAUUCUGCUAGAAUAUUGAGAUAUUUAUACAUGCAGAGUUACUUUAUUAAUGUUUGUAAUUCACGCAUAAGAGUAUUUUAAUGAUAGUAAUAACUGCAGUAUUGGCUGGCAUAUGGAAAGAAAACAGCUUAAUAGCCAAAUAAAAAUGGCUAAAUUUCAAAGGCCAAAAGGGAAUAUUUUGUAAAUAAUGUGUAUAUUCAGAUAAGACAUGGUCUCCCAAACUGAGUUCUAGAAAAUUAUGUUUCUAGACAUUUCUACAUGGUAUUGUUAGCGCUCACCCGGCUCCCUCUCCUAGAUUAAGUUAGCCCAGAGAUUGUAUUUACUCAUGGACCACUUAUUUAUUUCAUGCUUACUCAGAUUGAUUCUUUGGGUUCUGUAAGUACGUAAGGCACAAUUCACCACCUUCUCUUCAUUUCUGAAAACCCACGAGUCAAUGUCAGAUGACCAACACAACUUUUCUUCUGUCACUUAUGGUAGGCCAACCUUGAAGCUAUCAUGCAGUCUAGAAAAUUAUGUAGCUGAGUGCCCAGCUCUCCUUUAAGGAAGAAAUAACAUAAAAGCAAUUAGCAAAUAUGUCAUCUAUGUGAUUAUGUUGCUUCCUCUGUGAUUAUGUUGUAGGUAGAAUUUUAUAACCCUUUCAAUCAAUUAAGAAAAACAAUUUGUAUAUUAUCAAUGUUUUUAGUUUAAAUAAACAAGUUACCCUUACUACUGUUGAGAUUCCUCCCAACUUGUAAAUCAUUCUAUAAUGGCUGUGUCUAUUAUAGUAUUACAGUAGCUGCAUGUGUCAUGAAGUGUUCUCUAUCUGGCUAGGAUGACCUAGGGGCAGCACUUUUUUUUAAAUGAUAAAAUAAAUCUAAUGAAUAUAAACUGUCACAAUAAACCUAUUUUUUCCAUCAUUGACCUUUUCAAGUAUUUAAAUAAAUAACUGGUGUGUACUGUG